AACUACCUGCCCCCACCUUUAGCUCCAGCUUUGGAUUGCACUCGCGACAACUUCAUCACAUAGCUUGCUGUUACACCAAACGAGCAUACCGCAAAUCUCACCCUUAAUACCUCAUCAUGAAUCGGCGCAUGCUUACCAAGGAAGAGGAGGCGACGGCAGGUGAUGAAAUCGAGGUCCGUCGCGAAGACCAAGACAAGAUCAACAAGUUCAGUCGCCUGCACCAACGAGAAUUGAAUCUAGAAGAGGAGCUCAAAUUAAAGAAUAAAGAGAAGGAAGAGCUUGAAGAUAUCAGCACCGAGCUUGAGCUAGCAGACGAGGAUGACAAGAUACCAUACAAAAUCGGCGACGCCUUUUUCCAUGUGCAGUUACCACAGGCCCAAGAAAUGUUAUUAUCGUCGACUUCGCAAGUAGAGGAGGAUGUGUCGGUCCUAGAGGACAAGCUUGGAACGGUGAAAGACGAAAUGACGCAACUGAAAGUCGAACUCUACGCACGUUUCGGACGCAGUAUCAAUCUCGAGACAUAAUAUCAAACGCCUACCAAUCAACUAGCCGGUAUUUAGAUUGCAUAUCGUUUCAAGACUAUUAGACGUAAAGCUUGACAAUACCAAUAUCCAAUAUAAGCAAGCGUUGUGAAGGUCGGAUGAUACCAAUUUGAGCCUAGGAUUACGAGUUACGACCAUGGAGAACUCUAUAGGUAGUCUAUCGAGUAGGGAAACUCACAUGAGUACCUAGGUUAAGGGUCUUCAAGUAUGAGACAAUGAAUGUCCUUUAUGGUUAUCUAUUACACCAAGCAUUAUAGCUUCGAAGAAGGCUUAGAUACCAUAACCUCAAAGCUCAAUACCACUUCCAAGAUUGUCUAUUGACUUGAAUUCUUAGUCUCUGAUUUUGACUGAGUUGACUCUAAUGCAUUAUAUAGAUAGAUGUCCCUGGUCAAUGAGUGCAUUCCUGAAGUUCCGAUUAAGGGGCGGGGCAGACAGGAGAUAUAUCAAUGAUAGUACAUUAGUACAGUGACG